AUGGAUUCUCAGAACGCUGCCGCCAAUGAGUUUCCCAUGAUCGAUUCGCAUAUCCACCUGUAUGCUGCGUCACAUAUCCCAUCUUUGCGCUGGACAAGUGACCUCGGGGGUGACCAUGUUCUCAAUCGACAAUGCUCUGUCGAAGAGUACAAAUUAGCCCUACAGCACGACAAUGGUGUGGUAGGAUUUGUCUUCCUGGAAACUGAUCGUAGAUCGGAGCUGGGCCAAGAUCAGUGGCAGAACGCUCUGGACGAGGUCGACUUCCUCGUGAGAAUUGCCCGCGGGACUCCCCGAGACGGAGAAGGCCAUCGAUCAGUCGAUGCUGGGCUCGUUCUCGCCGUCGUUCCGUGGGCCCCCGUUGCGGCCGGCGAGGCGUUACUAGCUGCGUACGUCGAACAAGUUCGCCAGCGAUGCGGAGCAGAAUUUCGGCUUGUCAAAGGGUUUCGCUAUCUUCUCCAGGACAAGCCGCCCGGGACAAUGCUGCAACAACGAUUUAUCGAGGCGCUACAAUGGCUGGGCAAGAACGACUUCACGUUCGACCUCGGAGUGGACGCCAGGUCCGGCGGGCUUCGUCAACUGGAAGAGGCAUGCGAAAUGAUGGACUGCGUGUACGCAGGAGACAGCCGACUCAAGAUCAUCAUCAACCAUUUCUGCAAGCCUAACCUGCGGGUAUCACCCGAGGAAGCUCUUGCGGGACACGGUGAGUUCGCCAGAUGGAAACAGUACAUCCAGAAAAUGUCCCGCCACACAUCGGCCUACAUGAAGCUAUCUGGAUUCUUCUCCGAACUGCCUCCGCAAACUGCAGACACGCCGACGGCUGUCUCAGACGUUGUGGCGCACGCGAAGCCAUGGGUAGACGUUGUCUUCGCGGCAUUCGGCCCCCGCAGAAUCAUGUUCGGAUCAGACUGGCCGGUGUGCAAUGUUGGCGGUCCAGGGAUCAAGUCCUCCUGGCAGCACUGGCGGGCUGUUGUCGAGGCCAUUUUGGAGUCCCAGGGUCUGGACGAUGAAGGAAAGGCGAUGGUAUGGUCAGGCACAGCUACUGAAGCCUACAGUAUACGACGCAUUUGA